UGGAGGAGUUCAAGCGCGGGCAGCGGUACGCCAACUGGCGCACUAACGAGGAUGCCACGGAACCCGGCCAGGGCGGCACUCUGCUGUCAUCAACGCCCUACUACCACGAGCAGCACGGGGAGGGUCUCUUCACGCACAGCCUCUUCCGCCUCGGCAACCGCCUCCCUGACUGGGUGAACCGGCUGGUGCCGCCGUCAGUGCUGGUGGUGGAUGAGAAGAGCUGGAUCAACUACCCCUACUUCCGCACCAUCAUCACCAUCCCCUUCUUUAGCAAGCUGCGCAUGGAGAUCGAGACCAUUCACCUGCAGGACGACGGCUCGCACCCCAACGCCUUGGGAUUGUCACCAGCUGAGCUGGCGCUGCGGCGCGUGGACUGGAUGGAUAUUGGCAGUGAACCUGUGGCCAAACGCGACUACAAGGCCGAGCUCGACCCGUUAUUGGUCCGCUCUAAGCUCACAGGUCGCGGCCCCCUAACCCCAGGGUGGCAGAAGAGGGAGCGGCCUCUCAUGUGUGCAUACAAGGUGGUGCGAGCCCAGGCGGAGUAUUGGGGUGUGCAGAACAGUGCAGAGCGGCUGCUCAUCAACUCGCUCAGGCAGGCGGAGUACUGGGGUGUGCAGAACAGUGCAGAGCGGCUGCUCAUCAACUCGCUCAGCCGCUCUGUGCUGUCAGGCGUGCAGAGCAGCGCAGAGAAGCUGCUCAUCAACUCGCUCAGGCAGAUAUUCCUGCGAGCGCACAAGAACUGCUUUGGCCUCGUAGACUACUGGUUCGCCCCAGCCCUCUCCCACACGCUCUCUCUUCCCCACACUCUUGCUUCCUCACCCUGUCUGCCCACACGCUCUCUCUUCCCCACACUCUUGCUUCCUCUCCUCACCCUGUCUGCCCCUCUCUCUUCCUCACCCUGUCUGCCCCUCUCUCUUCCUCACCCUGUCUGCCCCUCUCUCUUCAGCAUUGCAAUCACUGACAAGAACAAGCCACAGAUCAUUGCAAUCACCGACAAGAACAAGCCUCAGGUCCCCGUCCCAAAGCCCCUCCCUCCUCCCGAACCUGCUGCCGAGCCUGUUCCAGAACCUGCCUCCGAACCUGAAGGUCGUAGCAAGAGGGACGGGUUGAUAGCGGGCGGUGUGGAAGAGGGGAGGGAGGGGAGGAGGGAUGGGAUGCUGACAAGAGGGAGUGAGAGUGAGGGAGGUGAGGGGGAGGGGGAAGGGGAGGAGACGGAGGAGGAAUCAGAGGAGGAGGAUGAGGAGUGGGAUGAUGAAGUGGAGUUCUACGAAGCACAGAUGCAGUGGGCGGCCGAGGAAGAACUCUUCGGAGAGAAGAUGCUUUCAGACCUGGGUCAUCCGCUCUCCCUCUGCUUGGAGCAGCCCCCGCCCCUCUGCCCCCUCUGCUGUGCGCGCACACACCACCAGGGCGGGCAGCUGGAGGGGAGAGAGAGGUCGGCGGAAGCUGGCAGGGCAGUGCAAGAGUGUGCGCCGGCUGUGUUCUGUGUGUCGUGUGGCGAGUUCUUCUGCCACCGCUGCUUUCACGAGUUCCACAUCACGCCUCGCUUGCAGCAGCAUGCCACACACCCCAUCGCUUCUUCCCAGACGAUUCCUCCUGCCGCCCCUGCUGACGCACAGAAUGGCUACUCUCCACUCAAUCAGAACCUGCCACGUGGCAGCACAGACACUGUCCCCACGCCCCCUACCACCACCAGUCACCGCAUUGCACCCAGCGGCACCAGCACAACCACAAGUAAUACCGAGGAGGACUACUCAAUUGGUGUCGGCAGCGCUGGUGCUGUUGCUAGUGCUCCCUCUGCUGCUACCUCUGGUGCUGCUGCUGCUGCUGCCUCUGUUGCUGCUUCUGCUGCGCGCACAGAGAGGAGGAGGCAGAAGGCAGAGGCGAAGGGAUUGAGAGAGCAGGCGAGGGAGGGGGAGAGGGAGGAGAGGGAGGGCAUGAUGCUAGCGGCUCGAGAGGUGAGAGCGGAGGAGAGGAGGGACGAGAGGGAGAGGAGGGAGGAGGAGAGGGAGAGGAGAGGGGAGGAGAGGAGGAGCAAGGAGUGGAGGGGGAAGGGCAGCCUACUGGGGAGAGAUGGGGGUCGCAGGGGGAGUUGGCGUAUGGGGGAGGGGGAGAAGGGGGAAGAGGGUUUGUCGGAGGAGGGGGGAAGGGGAGCAGGGUUGUGGGGGGGAGGAGGGGUUGAGAGGGGGGAUGGGAGGAGAGCAAGUGGGAGGUGGGUCGCAGGUAAGCGCAGCAGCGCUGCCUUGAACAGCAGAGAUUCCCAGGCGGAUUUCCAGGUGGAAACUCAGGGGGCGAACCCCAUUUGGGAAGGGCAGGCUGGCAUGCAGGAGGGGUCAAGUGGGAGGCCAGUGAGGGAGCGGCUAAGGGAGGAGUACGAGGGGCGACCUGUAGAGCUCUCAAUGGCUCUCGUUGGUGGUAUCCUCGCCAUCUAUAAGGCCGCUGCUAACGCUGAUGCUAAUGCUAAUGCUGCUUCUGCUACUGAUGCUGCUGCUGCUGCACCCUCCGCCGCCUUGCACGGAAUCCCAUCCCCCACACUGACCUCCUCGCUAUCCUCACCAUCGCUCGCAUCGCUGGGUUCCGGAGCAUCUCAGCCGUCCGUCUCUGCCCGGCACUCUGACUCUGCCCUGGCUCACAUUGACCCUCCCACCCCUCUCUCCACCUCUCACCCUCCCUUGCCUUCUUCCAACAUAUCCUCUCAGCAGCCGCAGCGGCAGCAGCAGCAGCAGCAGCCAGGCACCCCAUUUGAACGCUCACGCGCCUUCUCCUGGAUGGGUCCUAGAGUCUUCUCCCGCUCCGCCUCCUCCCCCACCCUCUCUCACACUCACUCACACACCACUGCUGCCCCACACUCGUCCGCUGCUUCUCUCACUUCCACUCUCUCUGCUGCCGCUACCAAUUCCCCCUGGUCCUCUGUUGCCAGUCUUCCUGGCAGCAUUGCAAGCUCAGCAGCGGCUGUUGCUGGCGUUGCUCCUGAUUUGCCUGAAGAUGAUGUGUGUGCUGGUGACUCAGCACCUGGGGUUGCUGAUGUGACUGUAACAUAUGGGGAAAAUGUGACUGUAACAAAUGGGGAAAAUGUGACUGUAACGGAUGUGCAAGUGGUUCUGGACUAUCUGGCAUCGGAAGCAGGCACAGCUCAUCGACAUGAGCUCCAACGGUUCAGGAUCCUAUCAGAGCUGCUGGCAGACAUGCAGCCACAGCAGCUGGGGCACUCGGAGCGACUGGCCUUCUGGAUCAACGUGUACAACGCACUAGCCAUGCAUGCGUAUCUGGUGUAUGGCCAGCCACGCAGCCACUACAAGCGAGUCAUGUUCAUGCACAAGUCGGCCUACAUCAUUGCUGGCCUGCCCUUCUCCAUCCUCGCUAUAGAGCACUGCAUUUUAAGAGCUGCGUCCUUCCAACCAGCACUGUGCAGCGCUACAGGCGGGGGGAGUGCGUGGCGCUACAGCCUGGCUCUGCACCCUCGUCACACCUCCUUCCCUUUCCCCACCGUCCACCCUCUCAACAUUCUCCUCUCAGGCGGGUCUGCUGCCAGUGCAGCGCUACAGGCGGGGGGAGUGCGUGGCGCUACAGCCUGGCUCUGCACCCUCGUCACACCUCCUUCCCUUUCCCCACCGUCCACCCUCUCAACAUUCUCCUCACAGGCGGGUCUGCUGCCAGUGCAGCGCUACAGGCGGGGGGACGUGCGCUACAGCCUGGCUCUGGACCGGCCCGAGCCUCUCGUCACCUUUGCUCUCAGCUGUGGCUGCGCCUCCGCUCCCCCUGUAAGCCUCGCCUCCCUCUGGCCCUCCUCACUCUCACCCCCCCUCUCCAAUUCCCUCCCUCCUCUCCCCUUUUUACAUGUGCUGUUCUGCCCUGGCAUUUACACAUUCGCACAUUACUUGCCACUGUGCUAUCAUACCCUCACCCUGAUCCCCACCACUGCGGGCAGCGCAGCGGCAGAUUCAGCGGAGGCCGAGAGCACAGUGGCGGAAGACAUGAAGCAGCGGAGAGGCCUCCGCGGCAAAACCGAGGCUGACGUCAUCGUCAUCGGUUCCGGAAUCGGCGGGCUCUGCUGCGGCAGCCUCCUCGCGCGCUACGGCCGCGACACGCUCGUGCUCGAAAGCCACUACCUCCCGGGCGGCGCGGCGCACGGAUUCACGCGAAACGGCUUCUCGUUCGACACGGGCCCAUCGCUGUUCUCAGGAUUGUCGUCGCGCGGCCCGCAGGCGAACCCGCUCGCGCAGGUUCUCGACGCGCUGGGGGAGACCGUGCCGUGCGCGGCGUACGACAGCUGGAUGUGCUACCUGCCUGAAGGCGACUUCCUCUCCCGCAUCGGCCCGUCUCACUUCAUUGAGGUCUUACAGCAGCGAGUGGGGGAGGACGCUGUGCGCGACUGGCGCAAGCUCAUGGCAGUGGUGGAGCCUCUAGCCGGGCCCUCCAUGGCCCUUCCCCCAGCCGCUCUCCGUGCUGACCCUGCUGUGCUGCUCACCGCAGGGCUGAGGUACGGGCCGAGCCUGCUCCGCACGUUCGGCAACGCUGGGCCUGCAGCUGCGCUCAAUGCAUCUAAGCUGAUGGGUCCGUUCUCCUCGCUAGCCAACUCAGUGGGAGUGAAGCACCCCUUUGUGCGCAACUGGAUCGACCUGCUCUCCUUCCUGCUGUCGGGACAGAAGGCCGACGCCACCAUUGCGGCUGAAGUGGUGUACAUGUUUGCAGAGUGGUACAAGCCAGGGAGCGUCAUGGAGUACCCUCUCGGCGGCCCAGAGGCGAUUAUUGAGGCGCUUAUAAGGGGGAUGGAGAAGCACGGCGGGCAGCUCUCCCUGAACUGCCACGUGGACAGCAUAGUGGUGGAGGGCGGCCGGGCAGUCGGCGUAAAACUUAAAUCCGGGCAGGUUGUUCGCGCCCGAACAGCCGUGGUGAGUAAUGCAUCGGUGUGGGAUACCAUGCGACUGCUGCCACCCGGGAGUGUACCUGCGGAGUAUCGGAAAGAGAGGGAGGCUACACCUGAGUGUGAUUCAUUCAUGCACCUGCAUCUCGGAAUCAAGAAGGAGAAUCUUCCUGCUGACCUGGAAAUCCAUCACAUCGUGGUCAAUGAUUGGUCGGUCGGUGUCGAUGCGCCUCAAAACGUGGUCCUCAUCUCCAUCCCGACGGUUCUCGAUGCGUCACUGUCGCCACCUGGCACCGUCUCAUUGCACGCGUACACUCCGGGGACCGAGCCCGCUUCCCUGUGGCAAGGCCUGGAUAGGCGAUCGGCUGAAUACAAGAAGCUGAAGGAGGAGAGGGCUGAGGUGAUGUGGAAAGCAGUGGAAAGGGUACUUGGUCCGGGCAUGGCGACGUCGACAGAAGACGGCGAAGCGGAUUACAUGCGGUAUCUAGACUCGGAGCAAGCAGUCAUGGAUUACGACAUGUGCGACGAAGACAGCGACGAAUGCGACGCGUACGACUAUACCGAUGACAGCAGCGACGCGGACAGUCAAGACGGCUCACAGGGAGAUUGGGACUGGGACGCGACGCCUCGGCGGGACAGGACGGCCGACGCGCGGCAAUAUCAAGGAGAAGACGACUCGGACGAGGACAACGACAUGCUGGACGGCGCGGCGGACGUGAGCGCACAACAGGCGGCGCGGGGGCGGGACAUUCAGGGCAUCCCGUGGGAGCGGCUGCACUUCACGCGCGCAAAGUACCGCGCCAUGCGCCUGCAGCAGUACAAGAACUACAAGAACCUCGACGUCCCAUUGGACGCUGUCGAUAAGGAAGUGAAGCAGGUCAGCACAGACGCGGAGUUCUUCAGUUUCGCCUACAACACGCGCGCCGUCAAGUCCACCAUCGUGCACUUCCAGCUGCGCAACCUAGUGUGGGCGACGUCGAAGCAUGACGUGUACACGAUGCACGGCCACACCAUCGGCCACUACUCCGCGCUCUCCCACCGCUCCGUUGACUUCCUUGACCUCAGCGGACCCGUCGUGCCCAUCUCCCAUCUUUCCCUCACCCCUCUAACCAUCCCCCGUCUCCUCCUUUGUCUCCUCCCCAUCCCCACCCCGGGCCCACCCACUUCCACCCCAACCCCAACCCCCCCUCGCCCUCCCCCUCCCCUCCCCUUUCCCUUCCCCUUCGCCCUCCGCCAGCUACAGCGCGCCCCCUGGCUGUACCACCAGCGCGCCACCACUGCCACACUGCGCCCAGGCGGACCCAGGCUCUAUGGGGCCGGGGGGACAGGGGGGACGGGCGGAGUAGCCACUGGCGCGGGGGGAGCAGCAGGGCCUGGGAGAGGGGAUGGAGGGGGAGGGGCGGCGGCAGGGGGGAAUGGGGCAGGAAUGGCGGAUGAUGGGACAUGGGAACCAGUGGGUCGGGUGCAGGUGAGCACGCUGUGUGUGCGCAACGGGCUGGUGGCAGCGGGGGGCUUCAACGGCGAGAUGGUGUGCAAGCGGCUUGACAGCGGCGCAGAGGGCGGCGUGUCGUAUGCUGGGCGGAUAACACGCGAUGAGAGCGCCAUCACCAAUGCCGUAGAGAUCUUUGAAUCCGCCAGCGGAGCAGUGCGAGUGCUAACGUCAAACAAUGACUGCCUCGUGAGGGAGUUUGAUGCUGACUCGUUUGCCAUCAUCGCCCGCCACCACCUGCCAUGGCCCAUCAAUCACACGUCAGUAUCGCCGAACGGCAAGCUGGUGGUGGUGGUGGGGGAUGAUCCAGACGCCUUUCUCAUGGACGCCACGUCUGGCCGGGUGGUGGCGCCUCUGAGCGGCCAUGUGGACUACUCCUUUGCAUCAGCCUGGCACCCCAACGGCCUCACAUUUGCCACAGGCAAUCAGGACACCACCUGCCGAGUCUGGGACCUGCGCUGCCUCUCCCGCUCCCUUGCCACCCUCAAAGGCCGCAUGGGCGCGAUCCGGUCCGUCCGUUUCUCAUCCGACGGCCGGUUUUUGGCCGUAGCUGAACCGGCGGAUUUCGUACAUGUGUAUGACGUGAAAGGGGAGUAUGAGAGGAGCCAGGAGAUUGAUCUGUUUGGGGAGAUUGCGGGGGUGUCGUUCUCUCCGGAUUCGGAGGCGCUGUUUGUGGGUGUGGCGGAUCGCACGUAUAGCAGUUUGUUGGAGUUCAACCGGGCGCGGUGUUGUGACUAUAUCGAUGCUACCCGCGCAUCCGCGGGGGAAACUGCGCUGAUUCCGCCAACUUUCGUGCGUCCGCCGUUUCGAUCUGCCGCAGAAAGCCGCACGUUCCGCGCGUUUGAACGGUGGAUGCGCGACGAGGGCAAGAUCCAAUGGUCAGAAAAGCUCGUUUUCCUCCUCACCUGCCCUCCCCCUCCCCCACGCAACCUCCGCCACGGCGCACGCGCCCGUCACUCCCGCGCCUCUCCUUCCGUCUCCCCCGGUCCCUCCGCCUGCCCCCCGCCUGGUCCGCUCCCCGUGGGGGUGUUUGCACGCGCGCCCCUCCCCCUUGGCACAUCCGUUGCGACCAUCCCCAAGUCCGCCUGCCUGACUCCACGCACCUCCCUGCUUGCGCCCUACUUCUCCGCCUCCCCGUUCUUUCAAGCAGAGGGGGAGGCGGAAGGGGAAGGGGAAGGGUCAGAGGAGGGGGAAGGGGAGGCGGAUGAGGAUGGGGAGGGGGGGGAAGAGGAGGGGGGAUCAGGGGAUGCCGGAGAGAGAGGAUGUGCCGGUGCUGUGGGGAAAACGGAAAGCGAAGGAGCUACUAAAGGGGACAGAAAUCGAGCAGGUACCAGUAGCAGAGCUUCACGUCCCCCACCCUCUCCUGCACCCCGCCUCUCUCCACCCCUCUCCGCCUCAACACAGGCCGUCCCCAGUGACCUAGUGGGCAUGCGUGGGGAGUGGAAGCGCCACAUUCUGCCCUUCCUCCUCUCCCUGCCACCCCACCUCCUCCACCUCCUCCCACCAUCCCCAACCGCUUCAAACGAUCGAUACACACACGAGCAGCCGCCAUUGGAGGAGAAUCUGCCGUCGCCCAAUCAGCAGCUGCCAGGUCAGCAGAUGACUAAUCGGCAGCUGCCAGAUCAGCUGUCAUGGGAUGCCUACCUGGCAGUCAAGUCGCUCAUCUCCUCGCGAGCCUUUUCCAUUGACAGCUGGCACGGGCACGGCAUGGUUCCUCUGGCUGACCUGUUCAACCAUCGCACGGCAAGCGAGUCAGUUCACUUUACAAUCAACGAUGGGGAGAGUGAUCCAGAGGAGAGUGGCAAAGAGAGUGAUGAAGAUGGUGAGGAGGUGAGCGAGGAAAGGAGCAAAAGCGAAAGGGGGAAGGGUGGAGACGAGGAGAAGAACGGGGCUAGAGGUAGGGGGGAGGAGGAGGAGGAAGAGGAGCAGUCACUCGAGAAGGAAGGCGAAAGGGAGAAGGCAAGCGAGCAGCUGGAAAUGAUAAUGGUGCGGGAGGAGGGACCUGGGGACGAGGUGUUUAACACCUACGGCCAGCUCAGCACCGCAGCUCUUCUGCUCCGGUACGGCUUCACCGAGCCUCUCAGCUUCGGCGGCGCCGGACCUAAGGGUGGGGAGGAGGAGCUGCCAGUCAGGCUCGGCAAGGGUGGACCAUGGGGUGGAGAAGAGGAGCAGUUGGAGUGUAUAUGCAAUCUACAGUACAACCCAUUUGAUCUGGUUAAUGUGGACCUGAAUGUCAUUAUAAAGGGGCUCAGUCCCGACCAAUCACAGGCCAGCAGUAGAGGAGGGAGAGCAAGCCAAGGAGAGCGUUUCGCAAAAACAGGGCGAGAAUCCAGCCAAUCACAUCGCAGGGGUUCAGGAACUUCCCGGGCGGCAAAGAUUGUUCGUGAUUCUACCUACCCUUCCACUUGCUCCUCCCGGCGCUUGCGGUGGGCUGUGAAGCUGCUAGAGAGGGCUGGGUGCCCCCCGUUAGAGUCACAAGGGGAGAGAUAUUUUGAAAUAUCUGCUGACGGGCGGCCGCAGCUGGAGCUGCUGCUGCUGCUGAGGUUGGCGGGGUUGGGUGACGUGGCAGCUGCCAGGGUGGACGCCAGAGUGGCAGAGAGGGAGGCUGACGUGGAUUGGGCUGGGAUGGGGGCUGCUGAGCUGGCAGGGAUGGUAGAGGAGUGGGUGGAGGGGAUGGGGGAGGGGGAGGGGAUAGAUAGGCGGGCAGGGAGUGUGGGAGGAAAAGAGAAGGGGCAGGGUGGUAGCGGAAAAUGUAUUGAGGGGAGAAAGAGGAGGGAGGGAGAGGAGAGGAUGCGUGAUGGUGAGGUGUCAGCGAGAGGAGAUGAAGGGGAGGUUGAGUUGGGUUCGGAUGAGUCAAGUGAGGGGAGGAAGGGGAGGAAGAGAAGAAGAGGGGGGAGGGAGAGAAGAAGAGGGGGGAGGGAGAGAAGAAGAGGGGGGAGGGAGAGAAGGGACAGAGGUGGUGGGGAGCAUGGUUCAAGAACAGAGUGCAAGGAGGAGCAAGAGAUGGUGGGAGUGGAGAGGGAGGAAGAGAAUGGGGAUGAGGAGGAGGAUGGAGCGGAGAGAGGAGAGGAAGAUGGAGAGGAGGGUGAGUAUGAGGGAGAGGAGGAGAGCAACGAGGAAGAGGUGGCAGCAACCCGUGGGCUACUUGAGCUGCCGACUGUGCGAGCCCUGCUCAGCACAGUGCUGCACGCACGUGACCGCAUGUAUGGGGGAGCACGGAUUACUGCUGCUAAGGCUGCGUUGGACCAGCAGAUGCCUCAAGGCCGUGGGGGUAAAGGACGUGGGACAAGGAGCGAUGCACGUGGGAUGGUGGGUGCGGCAGCGAAUGGCACGUGGACAGUGGUGGAUGAGUUGAGGGCUGCUCAGGUGAUGGAGAGGAAGGAGAGUGCGAUGGGGGUUUGGGGGUGGGAGAGGGAGGAGGUAGAGAGGAGGGAGGGGAGGCAGAGUGAGGGCGGGGAGCAUCGGAGGGAGUGGUGGCGAUUGCUGCAUGCGAGGCGGUUGAGAGUGGCUGAGAGGGGAGUGUUGAUGCGGUGCAGAGCGGUGUGGCUGGGUGAGCGGUGCUUGUGUGGGAGGGAGUGGAGAGGAGAGGAGGCGUGCAGAUUGUGA